AUGCGCGCAUCUCAUAGCAGCAGGCAACCCGCCGCGCUUUGCGAAGAGGGGGAUCCGUUCGCGGAUCGAAAGGGUAGCGAGAGCAGCGUGGAGUGCGAGGAGCAAGAUGAGCGCUCAUCUCCAGCGACCGACACGCUGGUGAAACAAAUGGACAGUCCUGCAGUCAGAGUAGCAGUGGCAGCAGCUCAGCAGCCCGCAGUCGCGCCAGGGCACAACAGUCGCAGCAGCUCUGAUCGCUCCCAAGGCAGGCGCUCGACGGGGACUUCAUCAAGCGUCGGAGCUGGAGAAGGCAGUUGGUUCUUUUCAUCCAACUCGCGCGAUGUGCACUUCGCAACAGAGAAUCGACGAGCCAGCAGACAAGCCAGCAAAGAAGCACAUUCGCAGCAGCAGCAGCAGCAACCGCAUCACCACCCGCGAGUGCAUUUCAGGGAAAUGGAUCGCCACACCGAUGCUGUGGCGGCACAGGGUAACAUGAACGCGCGGCCCGAUAUGAGCGCGAGCGAUCAUGAGAAGGAGCAGAUCCAUUUGGCCGCCGAACACCUCGCAAUUGGCAGCCAGGCGAAGGGGCAACACUCGCUCACGAGCGGCGCCUCCGCAACCAAAGCAUUCUGCGUGGUCGCACAUGAUACGCCUGCCGACCACCUUCCAAUCACACCUGAAGCCUCGCCAAAGACAAAAUCGCACGCAUCCGAGCCAAAUGGCGAGUUUGAGCCAGACACUUUCAACGAUGCGCAAGCAUUCGACUCGUCUCGAUCUCCCAACUACGGGACAUUCGAAUCGCCCAGCUCGUCCAGCUCACAUGCCUCACCUGGCAAAGGUCAACAUCAACAUCAACCAAGUCGAGCAUCUCGCGAGAACCCCAGUCACGGUAGGGUAAGCGGCAUGCACGCGUCUUCGGACUCGAACUACAGCAACACCCUCCUCGGCCGGUAUGGAACGGAGCCCAUCGACGGUUACCUGAACAUCAGUGCAAGACGCAAUGAGGUGACUCGCACAUUCAGCCUUUCGCCGUCGACUUUGGCCAAGCUCUCGCUUGCGCAGCUUUCUCACAUUCUCGAGCUGGACUUGCCCCUCCGACAAUCGAGGUGGUGGGCUCCAAAUCGCAAAAAAGGUUCUCGAGCUGGCAACAUCAACCGCUUCAGCACCACCAACGGCGCUUCGCCUCUCAAGGCCGGCUUGCUGCCCAGCAAUUGGAUGCAAAGCUUUGGAGAGAGGUUGCUAGCGCCGAGGCUCGAGCUCUGGGUCGCACACACCCCCAAGCAUCCGUAUCCGAACGAUGCUGCUUCUCUGCACUCGGGACGCGCCUCGCCUGCCCUGUCUGGUCCUCCCGGUGCUACGCGGCGUAGUGGCCUCAGGCACGCUGCUUCCUUGACUCCCACGCUGUAUGCAGCGCUGGUUCAUGACUUCUUCAUGAGUCAUGUAGAGAAUGGGCAAUGGCUUUCGCUCGUGGUGCGCGACAGUGGAGCUGGGCCGCCGAGCGAAGGCGCUGAAGACAGAGGACCUACUGGUCUGACGAGGCUGGGCAAAGGUUUGAGUCGGCUUAGUCUGAACCUGACAGAGCUACUCGGCGGCCUGGAGAAAGGCUACUUGAGUCUCAGCGGCGAUGUCGAAGCUCAACGUUCGCGCCACGAGGAAUCGCGACCACUUUUACCUACGGGAGACGUCAGCCCCACCUUUGACGUUGCUCACAAUGGCAAGCAAGCUGGUCGAGCUGAUGCGCUGAAUAGUCUCGAGGGACGCGCGGAGCCAGCAGUGGUGGUGCACUCCGACGUGAGCGACAUGAGCGGAGAUGACUCCGACGAUCAGGAUAGGGAUAGCGAAGGAAGGCAUGCUCGGAUGAGGCGCAGGGAACGUCGCAAAUUGAUGCUGCGCAAAGCGGCCAGGAAGGCAUCGACAAGAGAGAUGCAGGAGCAGCAACGUGCGAGGGAACUUGCCAACGCGGCAGAACAAGAGGAAGGCGACGAAGCGGGUUAUGGUCGACGAGGUGUCCUGGGCACGAUUUGGAGAGCAUUGACUGCUACGCCUCCGCCAUCGCCCAUGCACAUCGCCAGAGCCGCAAGGGAGGAUCCCUUUGUCGACCCAGCUCAUCAAUUGCUCCGACUGAGGUCUCCACUUGCCAGUUCGGGUCUCGAUCUCGAAGCACAGCAAGCGCCUCGUCAAAAUGCGAUAGCUGAGCUGGCAGCGCGAAGGGAAGCUCGUCGUGCUGCACGACUUCCCCUCGUGGCAGACGUCGGGCCUCGAGGACAGCGACAAGGUGCACCAUCUUCUGAUCCACAGCGGCCCGAUUCUCCCAUCGGAGCUAGUGGCGCAGCGUUGAAGCGCAACAGCUCGAUCAUGGAGACUUUACGUCGCGCUUUUGCGCGCACGGCACCCUUGCAGGCCCAGCCAGAGGAAGUCAGCUACGAGCGAUUCUCGGAGGAUAGAGCUGCUUUGAGUCAAGCGCGCACCAUACCCAUCGGAGCCGGACCUAGAUCUCCUGAAAGAAGACUCGGCAGAGCUCUGCAAGCAAACGAUACGCGGACGAACACUCCGAUUGCAUCGCCGCUUCGUGGCGUUACUCCCAUGCCAUCACCGCUUCCGCCUUCACCGGUAGACUCAUGCACCGACCCUUUUCGCCCUGCAAUCUCGACCGAUGCAGUCGAGAGCAUCACUCCGCCGACAACGCCGCCUCAAAAGCUGGGCGUCGAACAAACUAGACAAGCCUCGGCGCGCCCAGAUUUGAAAGGGAAUAAGCUGGGCAUCGACAAGACGCUGCGGAUCGACGAAGAGGUGGAAGAGCUGCGCACGCCCAAAUCAGCUCGAUUUGCACCCGUAUCCUCGACCUUGAGUCCCAGCACCCCUAUCAUCGCAUCGAGAUCGAUGGAUCUGAACCGUCCAAAGGCCCCUCAAAAGUUGCCGUCGCUGGUCAAGAGGAGCAAAAAGGAGUCGAAACCUGAGCCGGAAGAAUUCGAUAGAGCUUCUUCCAUCUUUGACCCGCCGAUGCCCAUCGGUCAAGUCGUACCGCCCGUACCUGGAAGACCUGGCAAGUUUGCCGAACUCGAUUGCGACUGA